CAGUCCUUGACCACACAGCCGCAAGCGCAGCGCGUGGUGCCGUGCCUGAGGGCGGCUCAGCUGGUUCCACCGCAGCAGUCGCCAUCGAGCCAUCUGCAGCAGCGACCGCACCGAGUUCUGUGCCGCCGUCGCUGAGCCUCCGCACGCUCCAAGUGGCUGCAACAGAGUCGAGCACGACGCUGCGGCCUGUGGAUGGCGGGUCGUCCGUCGCUGCGACGCCAGCCCCGCUCGCGAUCGAGCCGCUGUCAGGCACCCUUUCCGACGUGAGCCCACUCGCGCCAAGACGGAGCUCGACCGACUUUGAGGUCCCGCCGUCAUCUCCAUUGGACCAACAGGAGCAGCAGCAGCAGCAGCCAUUGGAGCACUCGCCGCUGCCACCAGCGCCAAUGCCGACAGCGCCGCCAUUGCUGCAACGAGCUGAAGCCAAUGCGAUCGCUGCGAAUCCUGCUGCUCAGACGACAAGUAACAACGCUGCUGCAGCCGCUGGUGCACAGCCAAUCCCCAGACAAGCAUCCAACCUGUUCCUGUUCUCGCUGCUGCCGAACGGUGGCGCGUCUCUGUCGCCGGCGGCAGGCGCAACGUCGAGCUUUGGCGGCGCGCGCAACAUGUCUGCGUUGGCAGCUGGCCUGAUGAGCGUUUCCGCCGCGGCAGGUGUGCCAUCGUCAUCUCGAGGGAUUGCACAUGGACGCGGAAGCAGCAGUGCUCACUCGUCGAGUCACCAUUAUUCAAAGUCGUCCUCAUGGCAGAAGGUGCGUCGUCGGCGUCCAUCAGGUCUGUCCGAGUCCCAGCUGGGAGCUGCAGGCUAUCUUUCUCACGCGAACGGCGAUGGAUCACGAUCGUACUCUGUGUCGACUGCCUCGACCGUCUCAACGUCCGACCGAUCGUCGGCUCGCGGCGGCUCUCGCUCUGCCAUUCCCCGCAAUCGGAGCUCGGGAGGUCUCCACUCCUCCGAGCCAGGGAGUGUCGGCUCCUUGCCGCACCACAACAGCUCCCGCUUGUCUCGAAAGCACACGGCGCAGCGAUCUCUACGCCGUCGGAAGUCGCACCGUCGGAGAACGACCAGCGCAGACCAUUCGGACGGCCAGGCCAGUGGGCACGACAUGGAGAUGAGCAACAUGCGAAGAUCGCGCCGUGGGUCGCGCACCGACAGUGUCAAGCAUCGCUCGUCUCCUAGCGUUGUGUCUGUGUUCUGGCAUCGCAUCACCAAGCCCAUCACCGAGUCUCACGCGUGGCUCAAUUUCUGUUUUUACCUGUCCAUCAUCUGGGCGCAAAUCAGGCGUCACUUGAACUACUACCGCAUCCACUUUCUGUACAUUUUCCUGGUCGCAUUACUCGGUGGUAUCGCCGUGUAUCUGUCGGAGCUGUACGCGAGUUCCGGCACUAUCUCGUUCGUGGACGCCAUUUUCAUGUCCACCAGUGCCGUGACCCAAACUGGCUUGUCCUCCGUCGACGUUGCAGAAUUGCACCAAGGCACCCAGGCUGUCCUCAUUAUCGUCAUGAUGUUCGGCGGCUCCAUGAUUAUGACUGUGGCACCCGUCAUCAUGCGCAAGUUUUACUUUCGAAAGCAAUUGCGUCGGCACCACAUUGAAAGCUAUCGAAAAGACCUUGCCGAGUACAAUGCGCUGAAUGCGUUGCUUCGCAUCGUUCCGAUCUUGUGGGGAACGUGUCUCAUUUCCUUCUACCUGAUGCUGUAUAUUUACUGCAUUGCGAAUGAUGGAGCCAUUCAAGUCAUGGAGGCCAACAACCAGACAACGGCUUGGUUUGCCCUGUUUCAAACCGUUUCGGCUUUCCACAAUUGUGGCCUGUCUACCAUCUCGACCAACAUUGUGCCCUUCCGAUUCCAGUACUUCCCGCUGCUUUUGAUUUCUCUGAUGACCGUCACGGGCAACGUCGCCUUCCCAUUCAUCAUGCGCAUUAUUGUUGUGGCGCGUUACUGGUUGUCCAAGAAUCCGACCACCCGUGCAACGUACAAGUUUCUGCUCGACCAUCCGCGCCGGUGCUUUACACACUUGUUCCCACGUGCCCAAAACCGAUGGCUCUUGCUGGUGUUUGUCGUCUUGACCGUCGUGCAAUGGAGCGCUCUGAUGGGCUACGAGUGGACGGAAAGCCUGUUUGCCGAGUUCAACGCCGGCGAAAAGAUUGUCAACUCGUUCUUCCAGGCGGCUGUCACCCGUUCUGCCGGCUUUAACAGCAUCGACCUGGGCCAGCUUCAGCCCGGUCUUCUCGUUCUCUUUCUGGCCAUGAUGUACAUUUCCGUUUCACCCAUCGCCGUAGCUGUGCGCAAUUCGGGCUUGGAUGGCACUGUGUCCUCUUCCCGCAAGACUGUCCUCGACCGCAAUGUCAUGGGUGACGUCGAAGAACGUGAAGCAGGUCGCUCUUCCAGCAACACCAUCACUUCCCAGGCGAAACGCGUCAUGACCCAAGACUCUAUCUUUUUGUUUCUCGCAUACUUGAUCAUCGUCAGCAUUGAGACCGACCAUCUGGAGGAGGACGUGAGCUUCACCCUGUUCAAAAUCCUCUUUGAUAUUAUUUCGGGCUACGGAACCGUCGGCCUCUCUCUCGGCUACCCAGGGGUACCUUUCGCCUUUUGCGGUGUUUGGCACCCCGUGUCCAAACUCGUCCUGCUGCUUGUCAUGAUUCUCGGCCGCCAGCGCAACUUGCCCGACUCGAUUGACAAGGCAGUUCAAGUCCCCAAGCGUCUUUUCAGUGCCGUUUCGAGUCGUCACAACAGCGAGGACGAAGACAUGGAAAACAGCACGGCCGAAACGAGCGGCGAUCGAUCGCGCCAGCACGCGACUCCAGAUGCGGACAGCGGCGCAGGUGUCGAUGGUGGACAGAUUGUUCCAAUCCCCCAUCUUGCGCAUGCGCACAGCCAGGACGGAAUGCUCGCCAUCACGAUCGACAACAAUCCCGACGUCCUACGUGCAGUCCUAUGGAAGAGUUGCAAGAGCAGGACAGCGCGAGCAAUGCAGACACGCAAGCUUCAGGCUCCCGCAAGAGAGCAGCGACUCGAAAGUCUGCGAGUCGACAACGACUAGGCAGGAAGACGUCCGGGCACCGACGACACCACCGCGGACGUUCGCGCCACAGUGACUCACGUUCCGGCUCCGUUUCCGG